CACCCCUGAAAUAAUGAACUAUUCCAACCUUUGAAUUGUAAGAGUUCAAAUGUGUUUAAAGGGAUGAAUUAUUUAAUAAGCAUGUGCAGGUUUGUUAUCAAUACGAAUAAUGAAUGAAUGACGUCGAUACAAUUCAUUGAUCGGUUUUGUAUCAUGGUCCCCAUACCGGCCUUUGAGAAACUAACAAAUGUAGGAUUUUGUCAUCUGAGGUAGCAAAACACUGUCGUCUCUCACUCAAAUAAGACUGCAAACAGCAUAAUGCAUAUACAUCCACCCGUCACAUUUUUACAUAUAUUUGAAAGUGUGCUAUGGUCAAUUAUGUCAAAUACCACGGUCAAGCCUGUAACACAAGGUGGCAGCGAUAUAAUUAUACACACAAGUAGUAUGACAAUUAAAUGUUUGUUGAUAAAACGAUCUGAAAUGAAGAUAUAAUUCCAAAAUGUUCUUUUCUAUUUAUGUUAGAGUUUCCGUUGUGAAAGUGUGCUGAUGACUGUAAUGUAUUUGCCCUGUAUCUACAAUAAUUGAGUUAACCUCCAGAAGUACAGAAUAGAUCAAGAUCGAUAAUACCUGGAAACCGACAAGGAAGUUAAAUCAGAACACUGGAUUGUCGCCAUCUUACAGGUUACACCUCUCUAAUAGAUAAACACCACAAUGGUUCUGGGACUGAGAGUAGUGAGAGGACCCGACUGGAACCUUGGGAACGAGGAUGGUGGCGACGGCCAUCUUGGAACCGUGGUUGAGGACCAUGGCGACGUAUCUGUGACGGUAGUGUGGGACAUGGGGUCAAGGACGAGAUGUCGCGCUGGAAAGGACGGCAAGUGUGACCUCAGAAUACUGGACAACGCACCUACAGGUGGUACAGGUAAGACAGGGACCGUGACGGGACUCCGGUCGUAUGAGGAGGGUCUCGGGGACCGUAACAGUGCAGCUGUUACCUGGGAGAAGAAACAGAAAACCGCUAAAUAUCGAAUGGGAUUUGAGGGAAAGGUCGAUCUGAAAUGCAAAACCGACGGAGAAGCCCCUGGGUACGAUUACUACAAAAACCAUCUUCCGCUUCUUGAUAUUUUAUUUUCUCGACAGCUUCCUGGUCAAGUGGGCAAAAUACAGAAGUUUACGCGGUCUGGUGACGCUGUGGUGGUCAUCGGUAUGGACAAAUGGAUUCUUAAUCCCGAAUCAUUGGUCAAGGUUCAUGAUAUCAGUAUGGGUGAUAUCGUGACGGUGUCAGAAGACUCGGAGUUCGUGAAGAUCGUUCAGGAGGAUCACGGUGGCUGGAUCGAUGAAAUGGAUCUCGUGCUUGGUAGGGCGGGUAAGGUAGUACGUAUUACCCCUAAGCGCGACGUAGUGGUAGCGUUUGGGAGGAAGACUUGGGUAUUUAAUCCUGCAUGCCUCACCCCGGCCCCUGACGAGGAAGUUUUCGAAGUCGAACUGGGCACUUCUGAUGCAACUCAAUCUGCUGCCGGAUUGGGCGAUGCUCUUGGUUUGCUGUUGGCACAAAUGCUGCUUGAAGGAGCAGGUGUAAGGGUUGUAGGCCCUAAAGACUUUUUACAGGCAGCUGCAAGAGGAGACAACGAUAUGAUCGGCAAAAUUUUAAAAUCGAAUCCACAACUGGCGCAAAAAGUGAUCGACGGUACGACGGCUAUGGUCUUGGCCAGUCACCAGGGACAUGACGCGGUCGUUAAGACGCUUCUACAGAGCGAUGCUGAAACCGAACUGACAGACGCUGGCGGCAACACACCUCUGUUAGCGGCUGUUGUGGGGAAGAAGGUCAGUACCACAACCGUACUACUUGACGCGGGAGCGAAUGUCGACUUUGCCAACCAAAAGGGUAGAACGGCCCUUCACAUAGCAUCUAAUGCUGGAGAAGAUGUGUUAGUCAGACUUCUCAUUGGCAGGAAAUGUGACGUCAAUCCCCAGGAUAUCGUUGGAAACAUGCCGUUGCAUGAUGCCAUUACUGAAGGUCACGCAAAAGUCAUCGACUUGCUGGUGUCUCAUCCCAGUCUAGACUUCCGGAAACAAAACAAAAAAGGAAUGAAUGUCCUACACUGGGCUUCCAUUCGGAACAACCCAUAUGCUGUCGACAAAAUCCUUGGCAAAGCAAAGAAUCUGACCGAUGUCAAAAAGGAGGAUGGUUUCACAGCACUUCACGUGGCUGCAUUUAACAACCACACACAGGUGGCCUCUAACCUUAUUAUUAAGGGUAACGCAACCAUAGAUAUUCGAACCAAUGAAGAGAUGACGCCGCUCCACCUGGCGGCAGAACGCUGUUACUACCACAUGAUCAAACUUCUGCUGGAUAAUGGAGCCGGUGCGACAUUAAAAGAAAAGAAGGGAAACACACCACUCCACAUUGUACUUGGAAAAAGCACUUCACAACAAACGUUGCUUCACCUCCUGAUGGCCAGUUCAAAGGUCAGUAGUGUGGAAAAAGUCAAGGUUGGGUGUCUUUUGAUACAGUUUGGCGCCAAAGUUGAUGUUCAUAACAAGUUGCAGCAAACUCCUAUUGACGUAUGUCAGGAAAUAGACGUGCGUAGGGCCGUCGUCAAAUGUGCAGAGCAGACAAAACAAAAGGCAGCACAGUCGAGACGUCGCCCAACGUCUGCAGGCGGAGAGAACGCAGUUUUUUCACGGAUGUCGAUGAACUGUAUGGAGUGUACGAGCCAGGAAGCCCAAAUUACCUACGAACCAUGUAAACACAAGUCACACUGUCUACAGUGUACGUUCGAAUUCGACAAAUGCCCAGUGUGUUACAGGGACAUUGAGAAAAGGAAAGACCAAGAUGGCAAUACAAUCAUUGGUACAUCGGAUGAAUGUAGCGUGCAGUGAAAUCUUGUGACAAGUGUUAUACCUGGACUUGGAUAUAACAAACCUUAACAUAAAUGGAAAUGGUAAUGACAGUCGUCGUUUGAGACACACUGUGCAGUGCCGAACAUUUAGCCUAUUUUAAAUAUCUAGAGUAUCUCGUAGGGACAUUGAGAGAAUGCUGAGAGAUUUCUCGAGUGCCUCUCAAAUGAGAAUUUGCAUACAUUGUAUAUAAGUAUCUAAUCAAAAGUUCUUUAUAUGUGACCUUUCUAUAGAAUCAGUUUCCACUGAUGUAAACGAUAUUGUGCACAAGCCAUUGGCGGAUCCAGAGGGGUUUUUUGGGCUUCAGGAAACCCCCACACCCUGAGAAUGUUCUUUGAAAAUCAUGUAUUUUCAACAUUUUCCUCAAUU